AUCGUUUUUCAUACUAAUAUAUGUGAUAAUGGCUAUUCACAAAAUCCAAAGUGUGAUUUUCUUGGUUUUGUUAAGUUUUGGCAUUUGUGUAGCUACUAGAGCUCUGUUCACAUUGGAAGAUAGCUACAUUCAUGGUGGUUAUGAAAGUGGUUUAGCUGGUGGUAGUGGUGGAGGUGGAGGUAGUGGUGGUGGUGGCGGUGGCUAUGGAGGAGCUGGAUCAGGAAGUGGAGCUGGUGAAGGUGGUGGAUCAGGGUAUGGUGGUGGAGCUGCAGGAGGAGGAGGUGGUGGUAGUGGAGGAGGUGGCGGAGGUGGAAGUGGAGGAGGAGGGGGAGCACAUGGUGGUGGUUAUGGUGGAGGGGAAGGAGGUGGUAGUGGUGGCGGAUAUGGCGGUGCUGGAGGAGCUGGGGGUGGAGGUGGAGGUGGACAUGGCGGUGGGGGUGGUGGAGGAGGCGGUGCUGGAGGAGCCGGUGGAAGUGGAUAUGGUAGUGGAGGUGGAGUCGGAGGAGGUGCUGGAGGGUCACAUGGUGCUGGAGGUGCUGGAGGAGGUGGCGGUUCUGGAGGCGGAGGAGGUGGCGGUGGUGGGCAUGAGGGUGGGUAUGGAGGUGGUAGCGGCAGCGGUGCUGGUGAAGGUGGUGGUCAUGGUGGUUACAUCCCUUGAUCACAAAAGCAUCCCUUUUGUUUCUUGAAGUGUUUAAAAUGAGCAUACAUAUUGAUGACUCAUUUUUCAUAUUAUGAAUAUUUGUAAAAUAAGAUUUGAACAAGACUUCAAUCUUUGCAUAUGAGAUGCAUUAUCAAUUGUAUUUGCUUAAUUUAUUUAUGAAGUUUUAACUUCGAUUUAA